UUGGUAUUUGGUAGUGACCUCAGCUUAGUCCGGAAAGUUGGGUCGUUACAGUUGGUAUCAGAGCCUAAGUUUUAGGUUCUGUAGACUGACUUAUAAUGUGAGUCUGUGUUUUGUGUCCUUAUGGCUGAAACGAUCCUUGCCGCUCGUCAGGUACGCUCUCAUGAAAGUAUAUGUAUAACUCUACAUGCAUUACCUUACCUAAGUUAAACUGCAAAUUCAAUUACCAUUUAUGACUAAAGGAAUCGUUUGGUGGUUGUUAGGAAAAUGCCACCAAGGAGAGGUGCACGUAGGGGUGGCCGAGGAGGCCGAGGAAGGGGAGCAGGACGCGUUCAGCCUGAGGUGCAGCCUGUAGCCCAAGCCCCUGACCCGGCUGCGCCAGUUACUCAUGCGGACCUAGCCGCCAUGGAGCAGAGGUUUAGAGAUAUGAUUAUGCAGAUGCGGGAGCAGCAGAAGCCUGCCUCGCCAACUCCGGCGCCAGCUCCAGCGCCAGCUCCAGCACGAGUUCCUGCUCCAGCUCCGGCUCCAGUACCAGUUGCGCCCCAGUUUGUGCCGGAUCAGUUGUCGGCAGAGGCUAAGCAUCUGAGGGAUUUCAGGAAGUAUAAUCCCACGACGUUCGAUGGGUCUUUGGAGGACCCCACCAGGGCUCAGAUGUGGUUAUCGUCCUUGGAAACCAUAUUCCGUUACAUGAAAUGCCCUGAGGAUCAGAAGGUUCAGUGUGCUGUUUUUAUGUUGACUGACAGAGGUACUGCAUGGUGGGAGACUACAGAGAGGAUGCUAGGUGGUGAUGUGAGUCAGAUCACGUGGCAGCAGUUCAAGGAGAGUUUCUAUGCGAAAUUCUUCUCCGCCAGUUUGAGAGAUGCCAAGCGGCAGGAGUUUCUGAACUUAGAGCAGGGUGACAUGACCGUGGAGCAGUACGAUGCGGAGUUUGACAUGUUAUCCCGCUUCGCUCCCGAAAAAGGUGAAGGCAUUCCAGAUUGA